AUGACUGCUACCCUCGUGCGGAGCCGCCAGCCGCUGUCAGUCUUGAGUAUCACGGAUAGCCACAACAAUAACGCCAUGUCGAUGUCGGUGAGGGCGGGGAAGCGCCAAGCGGCUGCAACAGUCUACGACGAACAAGAUGGCGACUUCCUCUUUACGCGCGGCUCUAAGCGCGCAAAAACAAUUACCUCAACAAAGCAGCCCUCUCCCCCGCCGCCAGCACUACCCCCCCCUGCCGCACAACCAGAUGACUUCGAUGACUUCCAGCCCGUCCGCACCGGCGCCGCUAAGAAGGCCGGUAGACCGCCCAAGAAGGCGGCCGUUGCUAGCACAAAACGUACCGUUGCUGCCUCUCCUGAGCCGGAGCCAGAGCCCGAAUCGGAGCCAAAACCAGCUAAAAGGCAGACCAGGCAACAGACGGUACUAGCUACGCCUCAGCCAGCGCAGACGACGACAAGGUCGACGAGGAUGAGGGGUGCUGCGGCGGCGGCGGCAGCAACGGCAGCAGCAGCAGCAGAGACAGCCCCAGUACCGGCUUCAGCGGCAAGGGCUGCGGGGAGUACGCGGAGAGGGGGGAAGAGGAAAUCCGCUGGGGGGGUACCAGCUCCUGAGCCAACGAUUGUGGCCCCUCCGGAGACGAUCGAAGAAGAAGAGGAGCCUGAGGAGGAAGUUCAGCCGAGGGGGAAGAGGGGGAGGAAGGGAGCUGCGGCUGGGGCACAAGAGAGGGAGGCUCAAGCUCCAGCGAAGGCGCAGCAGCAACGAAAAUCAAAACGGGGGAUAAACGGGACGAGGGAAGAGGAACCGGAACCUCCUCAAGAAGAGGAGGGGGGGGAGCCGAUGGAUGAGGAUGAGAGGAUACCGGCCACACAAGAAGUCCCUGUCCAGCCCAGCAGAGGAAGGACAAGAACAGCGCCAACGCCAGCAAAGCCCACAACUACCACUACCACCACCACAACACUACCAACAAAUACCCCCCGACCAGCCGGACGUCCCGGCCCAACAACCCAAUCCCAAACGAUCCCCCUCCCCUUCAGCGACACACCCAUCAUGGAGCGUAACAAAGAGAUGCGGCGCAAAAAGGACGGCGCUGGCGGCGCGGGCAACAGUCGAAGAAGCAGUCUCGGCAUGCGCGGACGGCGCGCCAGCUCACUCAUCGAGAGCGGGCACAAUGCGCUGCCGCAUCGGGAGGUCGAUCCUGCCGAGUUUUACAAAUAUAUCGCGGCGGAUGGGCUGAGCGAGCCGAGACGGAUGAAGCAACUCCUGAUUUGGUGCGGCGAGAGGGCGUUGAGUGAAAAGCCCAGGGGGAAGGUAGGGAUAGGGGGGAGUGCCGUUCUGGGGGCAAGAGCGAUACAAGACCAGUUGCUCAAAGACUUUGGCGCGAGGUCGGAGUUUUCGGACUGGUUCUCGAGAGAGGAGGAGCCCAAACGGCCGGUGGUACUCCAGCCUAACCCGAAGAACAUCCAGUUCGAUGAGAAGAUUGCUGAAUUGGAGGCUAAGAUUGAGAGGUACCCCCUUCUGUCUUCCUCUCUCAUCUCAACUAAAGACGAAUACUAA